UUUGAUAACUCGAUCAAAACAAAUAACAAGCAAUAAUGAAGCAACACAAAUAAUAAGAAUCACAAGACCCUCUCUCUUGAAAUGGAGAUUACAAUUAUCCAAUUAGCCUUGACUAUAACCACCCUCCUCCUUCUGACACGUGUCACUCUCUUAUUCAUCAAUCCAUGGAAAUCAAAGCCACCACCCAAUCCCAAGCACCACCACCACCACCACCACCGGCCGCCGCCGCCGCCUAGCCCGCCGCAGCUCCCCGUGAUCGGCCACCUCCACCACCUCGUAGGCAAGCUGCCGCACCGUGCCCUCGCGGAACUCUCCCGGAGACACGGCCCCGUCCUCCUCCUCCGCCUCGGCCAAGUCCCGGCGGUGGUAAUCUCGUCGGCGGCGGCGGCGAGGCAGGCCCUGAAAACCCAGGACCCCGCCUGCGCCGACCGCCCCGAAAGCAUCGGCACGAGGAUCAUGUGGUACGACCACGCCGACCUCGCCUUCAGCCCCUACGGCGAGCACUGGCGGCAGAUGCGGAGGAUAUGCGUGCUCGAGCUCCUCAGCAGCCGCAACGUCCGCUCCUUCGCCGUCGUGCGCGGCCUCGAGGUCGCCCGCCUCGUCGGCUCGCUCCGGGCCUCGGCCGGCGGGGCGGUGGACCUCACGGCGGCGGUGUUCGCCGCGACGAGCGCCACCUCGUGCCGCGCGGCGUUCGGGAAGGUGGUGGGGGGCCGCGACGCGCUGGUCGGGAUGAUUAGGGAGGCGGUGGGCAUGGCCAGCGGGUUCGAGGUGGCCGACCUGUUUCCCUCGUCGAAGUUGCUGAGCGUGCUGUGCUGGAACAGGUACAGGCUGCUGAGGAUGCGGCGGAGGGUUGAUAGGAUUCUGGACGUGAUCGUGGAGGAGCACCGCCGCAAGAAGAGCGGCGAGUUCGGCGGCGAAGAUAUCGUCGACGUUAUGCUCAGGAUGCAGGAAAAUGAAGAGCUCCAUUUCCCUAUUACUGAUCACAACAUCAAAGCCAUCAUUUUCGACAUGUUCUCGGCCGGAACCGAAACGACGUCGACGACGAUCGACUGGGCGAUGGCGGAGCUGAUGAGGAACCCCACGGUGAUGGAGAAGGCGCAGGCGGAGAUCCGGGGCGGCCUAAAGGGGAAGACGAGCGUGGAGGAGAGCGACGUGGAGGCGCUGAGAUACCUAAAACUGGUGAUCAAGGAGACUCUGCGGCUGCACCCGCCGAUCCCAUUGAUUCCGAGAUCGUGCAGAGCCGAAUGCGAAGUGGAUGGAUACGCAAUCCCGCUCAACUCCAAAGUCAUGAUCAACGCCUGGUGCAUGGGCCGGGACCCGCAAUACUGGGCCCGGCCCGAGAUGUUCUGGCCCGAGAGAUUCGAGGGCAGCACCGCGGACUUCUCGGGCAGCAGCUUGGAGUACAUUCCGUUCGGGGCAGGGCGGAGAGCCUGCCCGGGGAUCGGCUUCGGGCUGGCCGCGGUGGAGCUGACGCUGGCGCAGCUUCUCUAUCACUUCGACUGGGAGAUGCCGGAGGGAAUGAGCCGCGACGGCGUCGACAUGGCGGAGGCGGAGGGAAUCGCCGUCGGUAGGAAGAACGGUCUCGUUGUGGUCCCCACGCCCUAUCGACAUUCUUAUUCGAUUGCUAUCUGAUCAUUUAUGUGAUUUGGUUGCCAAAUCUACUCUGCUUUUCUUCGAUAUAUAUAUAUAUCUAGUAAUUAUUUCUUUGGCAUUUCGUUUGAUUAUGAUAAUAGUAUUUCAGUUGGAAAUCAGCCCAGAGCAUUUGCAACACACUAGACACGAGAGUAGUUUGCGGCUGGAGAAUUUUCUCUUUGUAUCAUUGUAGUAAAAUUUAUGAAAUAGACUUCCUAUGUAUAUACAUAUAGUAUAUUUUUUGUUUUA